AUGAAAAAUAUUUAUUAUACAAAACUAUUUUUUAUAUUUUUAAUUUUAAAUUCUCUAAAUUUUAUGAAAAAUGUUUCUGGUCAAGAUAAAUUACCAAUAAUACUAAGAUGUGAUAAUUAUAAAUUUAGCUCAAAGAGUUAUGGUUCUAUAAGAAUUUACUCUAAACCCCUCAAUGGUAUUAUUAAUGGCUACAUUUGUUUUUCAGAAUUCCCAAGUUAUAAAACUACUCUUUUUAAUAUAUACUAUCCAACAAAAAUCAAUAUUACAAAUAAAGAAUUUUAUACAGAUGAUGACAGUGGCACAAUUUAUUUAUCUCAAAAGUUUUAUAAUGGAACAAUUUCAUUUGAAUCAGCCCAAUUAAUAUAUAAUAAUAAUUUAAUAAUAUCAUUAAUGAACCCCACAUUAUUAAAAGAAUAG